AGGCAGGAGUGAGAGGCCCUUGGAGUCGCUGGCACUGGGAGCUUUGGAGCAUCAACGGUAACCAUGGCUCUCUUGCUUCUGCUGUGUGUGUCCUUGCCCCUAAUAUCAGCAACAAUCGUAUCAGAAGAUCAUGAAGACUUGGAUGGCACAUUGCGUGUCAGCAUUCCAAUGAAGAUGCCUCUUCUCCCUCUGCUGGGAGGAAAGGUAGUGGUCCCAUGUUACUUCCUGGACAACACAGUCAAUGACCCCGGAGCCCCGACCAUCACCCCACUCUCCCAUCGUAUCAAAUGGUCCUAUGUGGUCAAGGAGAAAGUCACCACAAUCCUGGUGGCAUCAGAGGGAAAGGUUCAGGUAGAGGCAGAAUAUUUGGACAGAGUGACAAUGGUCAACUACCCCCUGGUGCCCACUGACGCCACUUUGGAAAUAACAGAGCUGAGGUCCAAAGAUUCUGGCACUUACCGCUGUGAAGUGAUGCAUGGCAUCGAGGAUAAUUAUGACUCUGUGGACAUCCAGGUUCAAGGUAUUGUGUUCCACUACCGAGCCAUCACCGAUCGCUACACGCUGACUUUUGAAAUGGCCAAGGCAGCCUGUAUCCAGAACGGUGCCACCAUUGCCACUCCAGCCCAACUCCAGGCUGCCUAUGACGAUGGAUACCACCAGUGCGAUGCUGGGUGGCUCUCUGAUCAAACUGUCAGGUACCCCAUCCAUGUGCCCCGGGAGCCUUGUUAUGGAGACAAGGAGAACUUCCCUGGAGUGAGAACCUAUGGAGUGAGAGAGGUCAACGACACCUACGACGUAUACUGCUUUGCAGAGAAGAUGUCAGGCAGAGUCUUUUACUCCAUGUCUGUGGAGAAGUUUACUUUCUAUGAAGCAAAAGAUCAGUGUGCCAAACUUGGAGCCCGGCUUGCGACCACUGGAGAACUUUACCUGGCCUGGAAAGGUGGCAUGGAUGUGUGCAACGCUGGCUGGCUGGCAGACGGAAGCGCACGCUAUCCUAUUAAUGUCGCCAGGCCUCAGUGCGGAGGGGGGCUCCUGGGAGUGAGAACUGUCUACCUGUUCACCAACCAGACAGGAUACCCCUUCCCAGAUUCUCGUUAUGACGCCAUCUGCUUCCAUGAUGGCGAGGAUGAAAAUGCUGUGCCUGGGAAGACCACUCCUUUCCCAGACAUCAUUUCAAUUACACCCACUCCUGGUUUGUACCCAGGCCUCACUCCAUAUCCUGGUAGGGAAGAGGUUAAGCGUGGAGAAGUGGAUGUCUUCUCACCUCUGCCACUUCCACCAAGUGUGACAGACACAUACACCAAAGUGACCCCUGUUGUACGUGAACCUGGAGUCGACCUGACAGGCAUAGAUGCUGCAAUGGCCUCCACAGGUGUUGUGUUCCACUAUCGGCCCAUCACUGGUCGGUACACUUUGACCUUCCUGGAGGCUCAGCAGGCCUGUGAGAGUAUUGGGGCAGUCAUUGCUAGUCCUCAGCAGCUGCACGCAGCGUUUGAGAAAGGUCUGCACCAAUGUGAUGCGGGUUGGCUCCGUGACCAGACAGUCAGGUAUCCAAUUGUGUCACCAAGAGAUAACUGUGCAGGUAAUCUGCAUUACCUUCCAGGAGUCAGGUCCUAUGGCCUGAGGCCAGCCAGCGAACAAUACGACGUAUUUUGUUAUGUAGAACGUUUGCAAGGUGAGGUCUUCUUCACCAGUGACUAUGACAGCUUUUCCUAUGAGGAGGCUGUGCAUCACUGUCAGAAACUGAACACCACCCUGGCCACCACUGGACAGCUGUUCGCCGCCUGGAACCAAGGCUUUGAUAAGUGCCGUCCAGGCUGGCUGAUGGACCGUAGUGUCCGCUACCCCAUCACAACCCCCAGGUCCCACUGUGGAGGCGGCCUGGUGGGAGUUCACAUCAUCUAUGCCUUCCCCAACCAGACAGGAUUCCCAGACGAGCACUCACGCUAUGACGCAUACUGCUUCAAAGCUGAAAUUCCAGUUGUUCACACUGAAAAUGAAACCAGUGUAAAUAUGACAACACUGACAGUGGACGUCAUCAACAGGACAACAGUCACAAUCGAUCACUUUGCUCCCACUGUUGAAACUACUGUCGUCUACAAUGAAACGGAAUUCGGAGUUAAUAUCACUGAGAUAGAGUUCAUCAACGAGACGACUAUCUCAGUAGAAGUUGUUCCUCCUGUGAGUCGCCCUUUACCCCCAGUCUCUGUCGAUGUGUCAGGCUCUGGUUCAGCUGAUCAUUCAGCAAGCGGGGAGCCCUCAGGAGUGUCUGCCAGUGCCAGUGGGGACACCUCUGGUUCAGGACAAAUCACCUUCAGUGGACACACGGAUGUCUUCUCUGGGGACCAGUCUGCCUCUGGAGGCCCCCAGGAGGCAGAAGGAGGAAGUGCUGUCAUCUUCUCCUCUGGAGCAUCGGGUAGUGCUUCUGGAUCUGGGGAGGGGGUUGAUGGACAGCAAUCUGGCUUUGGGGUAUCAGGAUCAGGUUUUACCAGUGGAAGUGGGGACAUCAGUGGAAGUGGGGUCAUAAGCGGGAGCGGGGCCAUCAGUGGGAGUGGAGCCAUCAGCUGGAGCGGAGCCAACAGCGGGAGCGGAGCCAUCAGUGGGAGCGGCGCCAUCAGUGGAAGUGGGGAUAUUAGUGGUGUUGGAGACUUGGUGAUCAUCAUGGUGGAUAGGAAGAUGGUGGAGGUAUCGAAAACCCACAGACAACCUGAUGAGCAGGUGUUGGGAAAGGAUGGUAUUGAAAUAAUUGAAUCAAGUGCAUCUGGAUCAGGAAGCACCUCUGGGUCAGGCUCUGGUGAAUUAUCUGGCAUCUCAUUUAUUGACCACAGUGGUGUUGACCUGACCAUUCAGCCAUCUGGAGAGCAGGAGGUGUCUGGAUAUCGUCCUUUUGGAUCAGGCUUCCACAGUGGCUUUCCCAGUGGUUUUCCUUCUGGUAUUUCCAGCAGUGGCUCUGCCUCUGCCUCUGCCUCUGGAGACUCUUUCCUGCACCAUGAUAAUGUCAUCUUUGUAACAGAUGAUGAGGUGAUGGAGGUGACUGUGACACCGCUGGUAGAUCAACCUCAGCAAGGCCGGGGGGUGGUGGAGGUAAGCGGGCAAGGAAGUGGGUCAGGGAUCCACCAUGAAUUCAGUGGCACUUUGGAUCAAAGCUCACAUUUCUCAGCAAGUGGAGCCCCUGAAGAAGCCAGCACACUUUAUGUUGUGACCCCCGAAGCAGCAUAUACCAGCCCAACUACAGCACCAUCUGUGUUAUUAGCAAGUCCUGCUGUUGUGGAGCAGCCUGACGUAGUGGAAGCCUCUGCAGACCCUUGUAACCCAAACCCCUGUGGUUCAGGAAAAUGCUCUGUGCAGGGAGAGCUUGCUAUAUGUCAGUGUCCUAAUGGUUUCACUGGUGAAGACUGCUCAACACCGGUGCAGGGCUGUGCUGAAGGCUGGUUGGAGUUCAUGGGCAGCUGUUACCUUCACUUUGCGGAGCGAUACACCUGGUCUGAUGCUGAGCAGCGCUGUCAGGAGCUCAAUGCUCAUCUGGUCAGCAUCAACUCCCAGGAGGAGCAGGAGUUUGUCAACUCAAAUGGACAAGACUACCAAUGGAUUGGGCUCAAUGACAAAGACGUGCAGAAUGAGUUCCGCUGGACAGACAGGAGUUCUCUGACCUUUGUGAACUGGAGGCCCAACCAGCCAGACAACUACUUCAACUCUGCGGAGGACUGUGUGGUGAUGAUCUGGCAUGAGGGUGGACAGUGGAACGAUGUGCCGUGCAACUACCACCUUCCCUUCACCUGCAAGACUGGACCAGUUAUGUGUGGAGCUCCCCCUGAGGUGCAACAUGCCAAGACAAUGGGCAGCAGCAGAGACCUCUACCCCGUCAACUCCAUAGUCCGCUACCAGUGUGAUGCAGGCUACACACAGCGCCAUCUGCCUGUCAUACGCUGUAUGCCAGAUGGACAGUGGGGGGAGCCACAGGUGGAAUGUACAGAAGCUGGUGCCAACAGUAACAGGCUACACAAAAGAUCCCUCAGGAGAAGAAGUAAGGCCAUCAACAGCCAACAGGAACAGAGGAGGCUGCUCUGAGCAGGAGUGAAAGGACAUACAAGAGCCACAAAGGACCCCCUUUUUAAAGAAGCAUGGACACCAAUGCAAAUGCCCGACCAAAAAGAUAACAUUCCCUCUCUUGUAUAUACACACAAACUAAAGCACAUUUAGACAGCGAUAGUGUAACUGACUUAUGUUUUGGAUCGUUGCGUGUCACUCUGCACCCUCUGAAGACAGUUUCUCAAUUUAUUUAUAGCAUUUUAACUGAUAGCUGUGAGCCAGUAUUUGGAAGUGUUAUCUCAGUGCAGUCGGUCCUAAAACAAGUUUUCAGGUCAACAAGGUCAGUAGUAACGAGUGACACACGCAAUGUCCAAAACAGUCCAGUACAGAUGUUUUCCAGUUGCAGCUGAUUUUCUGAGGUCAAACAUUGUUACAUAGACUUUUUGCUCAUUUUAGGGUAUUUUUCUAGAUCUGUGUUUGUUAGCAUUUUUUUUUUAUUUCUUCCAUUGGUUCUUACAUUUUAAAUGUGAGUUAAAAUUACAGGCAUAGACAAUGGUUCUCAAGCUUUUUGGUUGUGAUUCCUUAAAUUUCCCUUUACUUGAAUCAUCAGAGGAGUAAUUGAUGCUUACAGCGACUCUGUACUGCAUGAAAGAUAAAGUUUAAGUAGAGGCAGAGGAGAAAAAACUUACAAAAGUUAGUGGAGUAGAUAUUAAAAAAAACAUAAAUAAUCUUUCUUGAGACCCAGGUUUUCUUGUCACAACCUCAGGUUUGAGAACCACUGUGCAACGACACCACCACAGCAGUAUCACAUAUACUGACAUGAUUGUACUCUCUCAUUUAAUGAUGAAUAAAAGUCCAAGUUUAAGAAGUACUUACAGUCACUGCUACAAACCUGGAUUGAAGUAGUCAGCACUCAUGCACUUUGGGGAUUCAUCAGUUACGUCUGUGCUAAACAUUUGAAUCCAGUGCACCUUAAAUACUAACACAACAACAACAAAUACAUUUAGGAACAAAAGAAAAGCAUUGGUAUCUGACAGUAAACGUGUGAGGUAUACAUUACACUGAAUCAGCUGGUCUCUUUUGACUGGAGGAGCCCCCAGAUUGGUGCUAAACUCCACCUCAUUGGAUCAUUUCACUUUUGCAAAAGUUUUCAUGUUAGAUUUUAUAUUUGCAACUUCUCAAGAGCGCUCCACGACUUCUGUCUGACACUAGAGUCAUGCUUUUAUGGGAUUCAAGGUUCACUGAGUGAUGAGUUUCUCACUGUAAAUAUUCUCACAAUUCUCUGAACAGCGGGAUCUGUCAAUUACUAACUCAUAUUAGUCAAUAACUCAUCAGCAAUCUGUUUGUUGAUAUGUUAGUUUAACUGUGAAGCUGCAGUUAUGAGUUGCCUCUGAAAUGGAUAGGACUGAUUUAACAGCCAACUGUGCAGAAGUAGACACAAGUGGAGUUUCAAAUUCAAGCCUCAAUAUCUGUGUUUCUGACUGUGCUACACGAGACAGACUGUGAUAUACUUGAGGAAUAAUAUGAUUUGUAGAGGAGCUGGGAAAGGCAGUCGAAUGCUUUUGAAAUGAUGAAAAGGGAGAUGGAAUUUAAGGUGGAAUGGGAAGUUAUAAAAUGUUGACCAUGACCUGCAAAGGUCAAGAAUAGCUUCUGCACUGAGAGUGGACACACAUGUCCAUGUCUGACUUCUCUCACAGACACAGAAACAGCCAAACACAGUUUUGUGGACAUACAGGUUAUUCAGCAGGUGAGUGAAUCUGAUCACACCACCAAGUAAAAUGAGAUGUUUGCUCCAAAAUGUGUCUCUUAAAGAAGUUAGUUAACCCGAAUUGCUGAAAUUUCAACUCUAUGUCAACCUUUGAGUGAUGGUGUGGAGGACAGUUGACGAACAUCAGUGAGCUGGAUUAAGAUGUGAAUCCAAAUCUGUGUUUAUUUUCCAAUUCCUCAACAAACUGAGAUAUAUUUUAAAAGAUAACAAAUGAUGUGUAAUGAUGCACACAGACAUCACCUCUGUUGUGAUUUUUGAUUAGAUCUCUGAUGUGAGCAUACAGUAAACUCCUGCUGUGCUGUGCCAAAUAAAAGUUGGAAUCAUC